CAACAGCGGUGUAUCGACCGCUCCAGCUUCUGUCAUUCGCGAUCCGUGGUGAUGAAUGUGUGUUGAGUGUCGACGCGCGGUGCGAAGAAAUUUUGUUACAAGCGAAGAGGUGACGUGGUGCCAAGAUGGGGUCCCUGUUCCGGAGUGCGGAAAUGACCCUGUGUCAGCUUUUCCUGCAGAGCGAGGCCGCGUACGCGUGCGUAUCCGAACUCGGCGAGCUUGGUCUGGUCCAAUUCCGAGACCUGAACCCCGACGUGAACGUCUUCCAGCGAAAGUUCGUCAAUGAGGUCCGCAGAUGCGACGAAAUGGAAAGGAAGCUCCGUUACCUCGAGAAGGAGAUCAAAAAGGACGGUAUCCCGAUGUUGGACACUGGGGAGAACCCGGAGGCGCCCCAGCCGCGGGAGAUGAUCGAUUUGGAGGCGACUUUUGAAAAGUUGGAAAACGAGCUUCGCGAGGUCAACCAGAACGCCGAGGCGCUGAAGAGGAACUUCCUGGAGUUGACCGAGCUGAAGCAGAUCCUGCGUAAGACUCAGGUGUUCUUCGACGAGCACGAGGGGUGCACUAAUCCCACAGAGUCUAUGACGCGGGCCCUCAUUAGUGAGGACAGUAUCGCAAGGCAAAGCGGUCCCGUUCAACUAGGUUUUCCGGAGAAACCUCUGGACCCGGAGGACUACUACCCAUGUUUCGUCGCCGGCGUCAUCCUCAGGGAGAGGAUCCCCGCCUUCGAGAGGAUGCUGUGGCGUGCGUGCCGGGGCAACGUGUUCCUACGCCAGGCGGAGAUCGAGACGCCACUGGAGGAUCCGUCGACGGGCGUGCAGGUGUUCAAGUCGGUCUUCAUCAUAUUCUUCCAAGGCGAUCAGCUGAAGACGCGGGUCAAGAAGAUAUGCGAAGGUUUCCGGGCCACCCUGUAUCCGUGCCCAGAGGCGCCCGCCGAUCGCAGGGAAAUGGCGAUGGGCGUGAUGACAAGGAUAGAGGAUUUGAACACGGUGCUGGGUCAAACGCAGGACCAUCGCCACAGGGUGUUGGUCGCCGCCGCUAAGAACAUCAAAAACUGGUUCGUGAAGGUGCGCAAAAUCAAAGCGAUCUACCACACCCUGAACCUAUUCAACUUGGACGUGACGCAGAAGUGUCUCAUAGCCGAAUGCUGGGUACCCGUACUGGACCUCGAAAACAUCCAGUUGGCACUUAGAAGAGGCACCGAACGAAGCGGCAGCUCGGUACCGCCCAUCCUCAACCGGAUGGACACGUUGGAAGAUCCGCCCACCUACAACCACACCAACAAGUUCACGUCCGCGUUCCAAACGCUGUACGACUCGUACGGCAUAGCGUCGUACCGCGAGAUGAAUCCGACCCCCUACACGAUCAUCACGUUCCCGUUUUUGUUCGCCAUCAUGUUCGGCGACCUCGGUCACGGCUUCCUGAUGGCCACCUUCGGCGCUUGGAUGAUACUGAAAGAGAAACCGCUGGCCGCGAAAAAGUCGGACAACGAGAUCUGGAACAUAUUCUUCGGCGGUCGGUACAUCAUCUGCCUGAUGGGCCUGUUCUCGAUGUACACGGGUCUGAUUUACAACGACGUGUUCGCGAAAUCGCUAAACAUCUUCGGCUCGAGCUGGCGGGUUUACAAUCUGAGCCGCGGCGACGUGGAGGCUAUAGCCUCGGACCACAUGCUCGACCCUGCGACCGAGGACUACGUCGGCUACCCGUACCCGUUGGGGCUCGAUCCCGUGUGGCAGUUGUCCAAGAACAAGAUCAUCUUCCAGAACUCGUUCAAAAUGAAAAUGUCGAUCAUAAUCGGUAUCCUGCACAUGCUGUUCGGCGUAGCGAUCAGCUUCUUCAACAACGUGUACUUCAAGAACCGUCUGAGCAUCAUCUGCGAAUUCAUACCGCAGAUACUCUUCCUCACCCUGCUCUUCUUCUACAUGGUGGUGCUGAUGUUCAUCAAGUGGUUCAUGUAUUUCGCCUCGUCAGACAUGAGGGACCUGGAGUAUAGUACCCGGUGCGCACCCUCUAUCCUCAUCACGUUCAUUAACAUGGUGCUGAUGAAGAACACCCCUUUCGAGGACAAAUGCAAGACGGCCAACAUGUACGCGGGUCAGUCGGGCAUCCAGACGUUCUUAUUGUUUUGCGCGUUCGUCUGCAUACCGUGGAUGUUACUCGCGAAACCGAUAAUGAUUAUGCGCGGACGGAAAAAAGCGAGCGCGUAUUCGGUGCAGCACCAGCCGAUUACGACGACGACGGCGACGGAGAACGGCGACGCGGAACAGCCGAUGCACAACAAUACGGGUGGGCAACAGCAGGCGCCAUCUCACGGUGCCCACGACGAAGAGCCCAUGGGUGAGAUAAUCAUCCACCAGGGUAUCCACACGAUCGAGUAUGUGCUCGGUUCGGUGUCUCACACGGCCUCUUAUCUUCGAUUGUGGGCCUUGUCAUUGGCGCACGCGCAGCUUUCGGAGGUGUUGUGGAACAUGGUACUCAACAAAGGGCUGGUGGCCGAGGGCUGGACCGGCGGCAUCGCCGUCUACAUUAUAUUCGCCGUGUGGGCCAGCCUGACUGUCUCGAUCCUCGUCCUCAUGGAGGGCCUCUCGGCGUUCCUCCACACGCUCCGUUUGCAUUGGGUGGAGUUCUGCAGCAAGUUCUACUCGGGGACCGGGUACGCGUUCCAGCCGUUCUCGUUCGAAGUAAUACUCGACGCUUCCAACCAGGCGAAGGAGGAGUGAUCGGCGUCGCGACGCGACCUUUAGUAAGCCCCGCCCCUCCCCUAUCUUUCGUACUUAACGCGUCGGGGAGCAGGGAUAUUUAUCGCACGCUACUUGUUAAGAAUGUUUACGAUGUAGUGGCGCCCCCUCUCAGAGGGAGCGCGUCAACUAAUCCGUUUCG